AUGAAAGCUACACUGAUCCAUGAGGGCUUAAGCAGUACGGAUCGAGAAGUUUUCACACUGUUAUUCGGAUCUGGGAAGAUUCAAGUUUGUGCUGGUCAACCUGUUGUAGAUGACUCUGCUACAUGUGUCAUCCUCUGCCACGCACCUCGUAAAGAAUAUUACAAAACGUUUCUAUGUGAAGCGUUCCCAGUUGAAAGCCAUUUUCAGUUCUUUCUACUUGAGUAUUUGAAUUCAGAAGUUGCUGCUCAAGUCAUUACAAACAAGCAGGACGCUGUGGAUUACCUCACCUGGACAUUCAUGUACAGGAGGCUCACUCAAAAUCCAAACUAUUAUAACCUUCAAGGAGUUUGUCCCGGGCAUCUAUCUGACCAUCUUUCGGAGCUUGUGGAUAAUACAUUGAGUGAUUUGGAAGCAAGUGGAUGCAUCUUUACUGAGGACGACAUGAAUCUUAGAGUUUCCAACCUUGGUACGAUAGCUGCAUGUUAUCAUCUCAGUUGCACGACCAUAGAACAGUUUAAUUCUUCUUGA